CCAGGACCCUCCCUCAGGCCCCCCAAACACUCAGAGCCUCCCAAACCCCAGUCCUACAAACCCCUCACCCCACAAGCCCAGCGCUCACAGCCCCAGGGCUACUGCAAGCCCACAGCCCCAUCUUCCCCCUCCCCGCACCCCGACACGCUGGGCAUGGCCCCUCCAGCCCCCCCCGUCCCCCCGGGGGGGCCCGUCCCCCUGGGUGGGUAUUUAGGGCCGGGCCGGUGGCACCCGGCCCCCCUCGCCCCCCGCCAUGCUGAGCGUGCUGCUGCUCCUGGGGGGCCUGGCCCCCGCCCUGCCCGCUGCAGGUCCCCACUGGACGUACGAGGGCCCCCACGGGCAGCAGCACUGGCACGAGGAGCACCCCGAGUGUGGGGGCCGGGCACAGUCACCCAUCGACAUCGGCACAGCGCGGGCACAGCCGGACCCGACCCUGCCGCCGCUGCAGCUCGAGGGCUACGAGCGCCCCGAGAGCCCCCGGCUGACCCUCGCCAACAACGGCCACACCGCCGUGCUGGCGCUGCCGCCGUCCCUGCGGCUCCGGGGGCUGUCCCGCACCUUCGCUGCCGUGCAGCUCCACUUCCACUGGGGCCGGCCCGGCCACGCCACCGGAGCGGAGCACCUGCUGGACGGGCACCGCGCCCCCGCCGAGAUGCACGUGGUGCACUUUGACGCCGAGCGUUUCGCCGAUGCCAGCGCGGCGCAGCAGCACCCCGGCGGGCUGGCCGUGCUCGGCGUCCUCCUGGAGCUGGGAGAUGACCCCCACCCCGCCUACGACAACAUCCUGAGGCAUCUCGGCAGCAUCCGCUACGCAGGGCAGACGGUGGCCAUCCCCACCUUCAGCAUCCGGGAGCUGCUGCCUGCGCACCUUGACCGCUAUUACCGGUACAACGGGUCCCUGACCACCCCGCCCUGCUUCCAGAGCGUCCUCUGGACCCUCUUCCCGCAGCCCGUCCGCAUCAGCCGGGCCCAGCUGGAGCAGCUCCAGGGAAGCCUUUACUCCACGGAGGAGGCCGAGCUGGAGGAGCCCCAGCUCCUGGUGGACAAUUUCCGAGCCCCGCAGGAGCUGAACAUGCGCGUGGUGUUCUCGUCCUUCCCCACGGAGCCGGAGGGAUAUUCCACAGGUGAGGUCAUCGCCAUCAUCUUCGGCGCUGUCGCCGGCUGCCUUGGCCUCUUCCUCGCUCUGCACUUCGGGGCCAAGCGGAUGCGCAGCGCGAGGCGGGCGCAGGGACAGGACGUCGUGUUCAAGGCUUCCUCCCGCCGCUCCCCCAUGGACACUGGACACUCCCGCUGACCCCCGGGUGGGCAAGGAGGGACCCACGCCAUCCCUCGGCCCCAGAACUCCACUGCAAAUAAAGCCCUUUCCCCCUCCUGGUGGCUCUUUGUGGGGAGGGAACGGGGCCUUUGAGGGGCUUUGGGGAUGGAUCACCCCAAAGAAACCAGGGCUGGAGCAGAGCACAGCUGCGGGGAGCGACCCCUCUCCCCCUCCUCCCCAGCAGCCACAGUGUCUUGUGCUCGUGUAAAUGGGUUUUUACUCUUAAUCAAAUAAAUAAUUUACCCCGAGCUGCACCUCCAACCCCCCUGG